AUGAUGCAAGGAAGUGGAGAAUUAACAGUUCCUCCAGGGUUCAGGUUCCACCCUACUGAUGAGGAGCUUCUUUACUAUUACCUGAGGAAGAAAGUUUCAUAUGAAGCCAUUGAUCUUGAUGUUAUCAGAGAAGUUGACCUAAACAGACUUGAGCCUUGGGAUCUCAAAGAUAAGUGUAGAAUUGGAUCAGGGCCACAGAAUGAGUGGUAUUUCUUUAGCCAUAAGGACAAGAAAUACCCAACAGGAACAAGAACAAAUAGAGCAACUACAGCUGGGUUUUGGAAAGCAACUGGAAGAGACAAAGCCAUAUAUCACACAAAUUCCAAAAGGAUUGGUAUGAGGAAAACCCUAGUCUUCUACACUGGACGUGCUCCUCAUGGCCACAAAACUGACUGGAUCAUGCAUGAGUACCGUCUUGACGACGAUGAUAACGCAGAAGUUCAGGAAGAUGGGUGGGUUGUAUGUAGGGUUUUCAAAAAGAAAAACACAAGCAGAAGUUACCAACAAGAAAUUGAAGAAGAAGAUCACAUGAUUAACCACAUGAGAUCAACAAAUGGAGGUCCAUGCCACCAGAUGCUAGAGCAAAAACAUCAUCAUCAUCACAUGCAACAAUUAGGACUAUAUGAUUACAACAACAAUCAUAACAACACCUUUGAUGGUACAAUUCAUCUACCACAGUUAUUCAGUCCAGAAUCAUCAGCUCUAGCACCACAACAACCACCAACUUCCUUUCACAAUUCAUCCAUGGACAUCCUUGAAUGUUCUCAAAACUUGUUGAGGCUCACAUCAACAAAUACUAGCUCUGGACUUAAUCUUAUGCAACAACAUCAACAUCAACAAGGAGAGAGGUUGAUCAAUGGCGGUGAUUGGUCAUUCUUGGAUAAAUUACUUGCAUCUCAUCACCAUGGCAAUAUGGAUCAGAAUCUCAGAAACAAGUUAUGUAACCCUCUUCAUAAUCAGCAGGCUGCACCUGCUGAUGUUGGUUCAACUUCAGCUCAGAAAUUUCCAUUUCAUUACCUUGGUUGUGAGCCUCAUCCUCAUGAUAUUAUGAAAUUUUCAAAGUGA